UCAAAUCUGAGGCUAAGACCUCAACUUUGCUUUGGGAUUUGGUUUAUGUGUGUUAGAAAAAAUGAGAUCCGUUGAAGAUAAAACUUGCUAUAGCCUCGGACCAGCUAAUGAAAUUUCAAGCAGCAAUGGCGGUGCCAUAAGUUUUGAGUUUCAUCGUCCCGCCUUGGGGAAGCAACCGACGACGCCUUCGAAAUGGGACGAUGCGCAGAAAUGGCUAGUGGGGCUGUCGAGGAGUCGAGACAAAAAGGCGCAAUCCAAAGCCAAGCCUCGGGACUCAAACGCCGAUGAUACAAGGCUCAUAGCUCCUUGCCCGCAACAGGAACAAAAUUAUCCGAGCAGUGAGGAUGAAACACAAAGGGUUGGUCUUAAUUUGGCUAUUUGGAACUCGGUUUCGGGUGUUCGAUCGAUAUGCGUGAGAGAUAUGGGGACCGAGAUGACCCCUAUUGCAAGCCAAGAGCCGUCGAGAACUACAACACCGUUAAGAGCCACCACUCCUACUGCAACGAGUCCUAUUUCUUCAGGAUCUUCGACCCCGCUCAGGUGCCAACAAGGAAAUCGAGCUGCCUCGGGAAUUAAUGUUGCUGCUGAGGGAAAUGGUUCGAACAGACUCGAUGGACAAGAAUCAGGUCAAGCUAGUAAGCAGAGUAGUUUGGAAUCUCGAGCUAUGGCUUGGGAUGAAGCUGAACGUGCCAAAUAUAUGGCAAGGUAUAAGCGUGAAGAAGUGAAGAUACAGGCAUGGGAAAAUCAUGAAAAGAGGAAAGCUGAAUUGGAAAUGAAGAAAAUAGAGGUGAAAGCGGAGAGAUUGAGAGCUCGGGCAAAAGAAAGGUGCGCAAACAAACUAGCAGCCACAAGGAGAGUAGCUGAAGAGAAACUUGCAAAUGCAGAAUCAAAGCUAAACGAGAAAGCUAUAAGGACUUCACAGAGGGCGGAUUACAUAAGGAGAACUGGUCAUUUUCCUUCUUCAUUCUCCUUCAAGUUGCCUUCCCUUUGCUGGUAGUAACUCUGCAGAUUCCCAAAGUUCAAUGCCAAAUCUGCAUUCAAUCCUUCUUCUACCUACAUAUGUAUGUAUGCAUGCAUGUAUGUACCUUUGGAUUUAUAUGGAUGUGAUUUACUGCAGAAAAAAAAUUGC